AUGAAAUCACUUAAAGAAGAAUUUUGAGGGGGAAAAAGACUGACAGGCGGCGAGAGGAGCUUCAAGCGGAGUGGCAGCCACACUGGAAAUGAUGGAUUAUCAACAAAGGACUCUCUCCUGGGUCAGAUACCGCUAUAUUCCUCGGGAUACACCGAUCCGUUAAGACACUACUCCAACGCGGCCACAUAUGGAGCAGCCGCCAACAUGCAGGAGAAGGUUUACCCGGCGUCCUACUACCAGCAGACGGGCGCAGCGGCCGCGGCUAUCUACGGCCGGGCCGGCGGCGGUGCGCCCUGCGACUACAACCCGGUCGGGACUUUCUACAAGGACGCGGAGGGUUCGUGCGCUUUCUCGAGUCGCGACGACCAGCCGCUGUUUGUCACUCAGGAGCAUCAGCAGCGCAAAGCGGAGUGCCCGGAGCAAAGUGUCAGCAUGAGCAGCAGCAUCGACGACAAGUCCUCCACUCUGAUCUACCCGUGGAUGCAGAGGAUGAACGCCUGCUCCGCCGGCCCAUUUGGCAACAGUGGCCGCAGGGGCCGACAGACCUACACUCGCUACCAGACUCUGGAGCUGGAGAAGGAGUUCCACUUUAACCGCUACCUGACCAGGAGGCGCCGGAUAGAGAUCUCCCACGCCCUGUGCCUGACGGAGAGACAGAUCAAAAUCUGGUUUCAGAACCGCAGGAUGAAGUGGAAAAAGGAGAACAAACUCCUGAAUCCCUCAAAGACACCCGAGGAGGAAGAACAGGCAGAGAAGAAGAGCUAA